UAUUAACCGAAGUUGUCUUACAUAUGAACAAUUUCAGUAAGUUCGUUUUAUUUUGAAAAACAAACCACAAAACUCCUCUCUUCCUUUCUUCUACACAUUUGCGGCCAACUUCAACAUCCAACUUCAAAUCACAUUUCAUCAAAUAUGGAAGAAAAUCUACCUAGGGGUAGGCAUGGAAAGGCAAUCAAUGCACAUGCUUCCGCUCGUAGAGAGCUUGCUGCAAAUCAUCCGUCCAAACGAGGUCGUCGCAAAGGACCAACUCCGGGGCAAGGUACACAUGAUGCCGAGGCGGGUGGGUCGCAUACACGUGGACGGACACGUCUAGGACAAUCAUUGGUGGUGCAAGAUGAAUUUGAUGCCGACCAAUUUUUAAAUGCGUGUUUUGAUUAUGAUGAUCUUGGAUCACCACAAGUCUCACCACAAGUCUCACCGCAACACUCACCGCAAGAUGAACCGCAAGACCCACCGCAACAACCACCCCGACAACAACGGCGCAAACCAGUACGCCGAAAACCACCAAAGUGUUCACGUAAUGAUGAUGAAGUAGGUUUUGGAGGAGGACCGACGGAUUUGUCCUUGUUAACGGAGUACGAUAAGCAUAUGGCUAUUCCGAUAUGGUAUGCAGACCCAAAUGACAAAGAGAUUUUAGCGGUAAAUUUACGUUGCAUCGCCAGCGGAAAAAAAGUUAUUAAUAUACAAAAACCGUCCCGCCGCACGGACAGGUGGUUUUGGGAUGUGGUUGAAGCAUCGGGUUUGGAGCCGCUUACCCGGACUAAUUUUAGCGUGCUUGACUACGGGCUCCUCUGGGCAUUUGUUGAAAGAUGGCAUACGGAGACGAGUUCAUUCCACAUUCCAUUGGGUGAGCUGGCCAUCACAUUGGACGAUGUCCAGUGUCUGUUGCAUAUUCCGAUCGAGGGAAAGUUUCUGAACCAUGGCAAAAUGUCAAGGGAUGAAGCGGGCCUGACAUGGUUAAUUCAUUUCUAG